UUCGCAAAGCGACCUUCAAAAUUGGUCACAGACUCAUAAUUCGAUCUCUCUUCUUCUUCUUCUUCUUCUGAUCUGAGGAGGAGACGAUGUGGAGGAACUCGGUGAGUUUCUCGUCCAAGUUGAUCAAUUCCAACAAGUCGCUGUUCAAUCCUUCCAGUUGUUCUGGAGCAAACGACGUCGUUCGGCCACUGCUGCACUGCCGCUCCGAAUUCCAUCCCUAUUCCUCUUCACCCCCGUCGUCUUCAGAUUAUCUCAAACUAGGUUUUCAGCCGUCCGAUGGACUCCCAGCCCUUUCGGCUGUUGCCGUUGAUCUCGCGUCUUUGGCCUCCAAAUCUGCCCAGCUGACUCGUCACUAUGGCCGCUGCUAUUGGGAGCUCUCCAAAGCUCGCCUCAGCAUGCUAGUUGUUGCAACUUCUGGAACUGGAUUUGUUCUUGGAAGUGGCAGUGCCGUCGAUUUUGCUGGACUUUGUUGCACAUGUGCUGGCACAAUGAUGGUUGCAGCAUCCGCUAACUCUUUAAAUCAGGUGUUCGAGAAGUAUAAUGAUGCCAAAAUGAAGAGAACAAUGCAAAGACCCCUACCUUCAGGACGCAUUACGAGGCCUCAUGCAGUCGCCUGGGCAUGUACUGUUGGUUUAGCUGGCACUGCUUUGUUGGCAAGCAAGGCUAAUAUGCUGGCAGCUGGUCUUGCUGCUUCCAAUUUAAUACUUUAUGCAUUUGUGUAUACUCCAUUGAAGCAAAUUCACCCAGUAAAUACAUGGGUUGGCGCUGUUGUUGGUGCUAUCCCACCACUUCUAGGUUGGGCGGCAGCAUCUGGCCAGGUUUCACUCAAUGCAAUGAUUCUCCCAGCUGCGCUAUAUUUUUGGCAAAUACCUCAUUUUAUGGCCCUUGCAUACUUAUGUCGCAAUGACUAUGCUGCUGGAGGGUUUAGGAUGUUCUCUCUUGCUGAUGCUUCUGGUCAAAGAACAGCUUCAGUGGCUUUAAGGAAUUGUGCUUACCUUAUCCCUUUGGGAUAUGUGGCAUAUGAUUGGGGUGUCACUUCUGGAUGGUUUUGUAUUGAAUCUACCAUUCUUACUCUCGCAAUAAGUGCAACGGCAUUUUCAUUCUAUAAAGACCGUACGACACAUAAAGCUAGGAGGAUGUUUCACGCCAGCCUUCUUUAUCUUCCUGUAUUUAUGUCAGGGAUUCUGUUUCACCGUAUCUCUGAUAAUCCGCAAUGCCUUGUUGAAGAGAGUUCACAGUGUAUUGCUGAGCUUUCAAUGUCCUCACAAGAUGGAAAUGUCAUCCAGAAAGACAAAUUAAAGAAGCAUCGCCCACCUGUAUCAUAUGCUUCUGUUGCACCUUUUCCUUUCCUUCCGGUUCCGUCAUAUGUGUCUUCAUGAAUAUUUGAGUCCCCGGGUUUUGUAGAAUAAAGGUCGAAAGCAGCCUAGUAAAUAUUUUUUGUGCAAAGAUGCACGUAUAUUUUCCAUAGUAAGCCUUGCAUGACAAGUUGAAAGCCUGUCUUUUGUUGCGAAUGCAAUCCUUUAUUUUUUGCCUUUUCCUUGUA